UUUUUAUGUUGGCAUGUGGUAGAGCUGAAUUGGUAGUUCGCAAAAUGACUGUUAAAAUUAAUACACUUAAUGCAAUCAAAAAAUUUUCAUUGAAGAAAUUUUCUACAGUAACUGAUUCAAAUACGACAUCUACUAACGAAUUUCUUUUUCUAAAAAACACUUUGAUUCAAAGAAUAUUUCGUUUAUUAGCUUUAUGUUUGGGAUUUACUGGAAUAUCCCUUUGUAUGCUUUCCUUUUUUAACUAUGUAAAUGAUUUGGAUGAAAGCCCUCAAGUUUUUACUCAGGAUGCCGUGGAAGUUUUUCUUUCAAUAAUGAAGCUUUGCUUCUUUGUUUUGCUAUUUACCUGGAUACGCCGAAUUCCUCCUCGAUUACUUGAUUUACAUAGACAAGCUGAAUCUCGUGGUGAUAAAGUAUUGAUACUUGGUUCCGUUCUUUUUCUUACAGCUGAAUGUAUAUGUGAAAUUAUGGAAUUACUUUUCUUUUCUUUCCGAAAUAAACGUGUUUAUUUGGCAAUUAAAAUUCUUGAUAUUCUUUAUAGUGUUAAUAAUUUGGCCUCUAAUUUCCUUGAAGCCUUUUGCCUAAUGAAAUUAAUUGCACUUAAAGAUAACUUCCUCAAAGAAUUAAGUGCCAUUCUUCCAUUUAUUGCAACUUGUUGCACGAUACUUAAUUUGACAGAUUUUGCGAUGACUUAUUUCUAUAUCGAAACGGAAAAGCAUCAUUUAAAGAGUCUUGAAUCUAGCGAGUUUUUUGUGCUAGUUGGAGUUAUUGGAAGGCUAUUGGAUACAGCCAAUUAUUUAUACACAUUCACUUGUGCUCUUUGUUGGAUAGACAUUAUUAUCCGUUAUCGCCAUUUUGGACUCUUUAUAUUAGGCAACAAACCAAAAACUAAUUUGGGAAGGACGAAUUAUGCAUCUGAUGGUGAAGAAUCAGAAACUCAAUGCUAA